UUCAUUUCUUGAAGAAUAGUCAUCAGCUACCCAUUUUAUAUCAUCAUCUUAAUCAACCUCAGAUCUCAGAGUAUUUUCCACCACAGCCAUGGCAGAGGAGAAAGUUAUAAUGGUGAUUAAGGUCGAUCUUAGCUGCAAGAAAUGCUGCAAGAAAAUCAAGAAAAUACUCUGUAAAAUUCCUCAAAUUCAAAAUCAGAUAUAUGAUGAGAAGGCUAACACAGUGAACAUCACUGUGGUGUGCUGCAGUCCUGAAAAGAUCAAGAAAAUUAUCUACUGCAAAGGUGGUGAUUCCGUACAGUGUAUUGACAUAAAGACACCGCCGCCAAUGCCACCAACGUCACCGUCGUCAUCAUUUCAUCGCCAACGCCGCCACCAUGUUGUACGGAAUGUCGUAAAGGAUGUGGGGGAGGCCCAUGUUGCCACUGCUGUAGAAGGCCACCACAACCAUGUUGUAUGGAAUGCUAUAAAAGAAGUGGGGGAGGCCCAUGCUACCACUGCUAUGGAAGGUCACCGCCGCCGCCACCACCAUGAUGUAUGGAAUGUUAUAAAGGAUGUGGAGGAGGCCCAUGUUACCACUGCUGUGAAUUGCCACCGCCGCCACCAUGUUUUAUGGAAUGUCAUAAAGGAUGUGGGGGAGGCCCAUGUUACCACUGCGAGGGAAGGUCUCCCCCAUACUAUAAGGGUUAUGGGAAGUCAAUAUAAUGAUAGUUGUGGUGGUGGCUUCGACUUCAGCAGUUGCCAAAGAGGAUGCCAUGCGUAUGUGGGGAGAUGUGGCUGCCAAAUUAAAUAAAUUCUGUCGGCAUGUAGUGUCAUGUAACUAGUUAAUUUAAAAUAGUGGUGUUAUCAUCAAUGACAUGUAUGACAUAAAUAUAAAACGACCUUGAAAUCAUGAGAGACCCUUGAAGGUCAUUUAAUUGACCUAGAAUAUACAAGGUAUAUUGCCAUUUCCUUGAA